CACUGGCUCAUUAAUCUGAAGCCAAUUGUUAUUGAAUCCAUCGACUUCGCCCUGCAUAUCAUUCUCACUUAAACAUCCCAACCUAGCACGAGCAGCACCCAUACCACUAGACAUACUCGCAUUAGGGCCCUUGUCGCAAUUAAUAUCCCUCAAGCACAUACGCCUCCAGCUAUUCUAUCAAAAUUCACAGACAACAGCAGCAAAGACUUUUCUUUAAGCCAGCCAAGGCAUCUACAAUUUCAACAGUUUAACCCUAUACAGUUAUUGCUUUCGGGAAAUGGGCAAAGACAAGUCAGCGUGCACGAUCGAUGCUACCCACCUCCCGAGGGACAAGAUGAAGAAGAACAAAAAGAUUAAAAUCGUCGCGAAUCCUUUCUUGGGCCCGAGCAACGCUCUGAAUCAUCGGCAGUCCACACUGCCAGCCAGACCUUUUCACAUGAAUUCAUUCUCGGAAAGUCGUGUUCUCUUUAACUUGAAGAGCACCAGGAAGCAUGAGACAGAUAAUGAUGAUGGCAAUGACAAUAGUAGCGAGGAUAAUGACGAGGAACGGGUUAUACAGGCGAGACGGGGCGCGUUGGCCGUUCUUGACCCAACCAACAAAGACUCAGGAACCGAAAAGUUCAAAGCGCUGAGAAUCAAUUCAUACCAAAACACAAACACGAUCCCGAACCAACAAUCGGCGCCGUACCAGCCGCCGUCGCUGCAUCAUGAGCAGCAGUUAUUUGGCCUGGAACAUGACCAAGAUUUGGUUUCUAUCAGCACAUACACGCCUCCGUCGCCUGUCUACCCUGAACAUCACAUCGAGGACCGAGGAUACUGGUCAACUAUGAGUCAAUCUACCCAGAAACCAAACCUUGUAUCAUCGCACUUGCCGGCACCUUCGGUUAUCUCAGCGAGCGAACCCUCGCAGGAUUGCGACCAAUACUCUACCGGAGUAACAGUCGCACCUUCUUGUCGAUCCUAUCUACUCUAUAUGGAGCUGUCUCAACGGAAAACUUCACAAACAAGUAAGAUUGACAUCGGCAUCGACAUCGAAAGCAACAACGGAAUUGUGGACCACGCCAAUACCAUGAUGGAAAGAGACCUCCGUGGUUUAUCGCACGCCUCUUAUAUCUGGAGCCUCAAGAGAAAUACGUUCGUCACGUCUGCUGGACAAGGAAAUGGUCGGCAGCGUCAGAGGACCUCACGAUCAACACUCAGAACAAAGAGACAGGGACUCGAUCCAUGGGAGUCAGACAAUGAUAUGCUUAUCUAUGGAACAGACGAUGACGAUGAUGGCACAGCAUCGAUUUUUCGCCAAGGAGCGCUAUCGUUGAAGGGGAAAGUAGGUGGACGGAGAAGAAGCGAAGACGGGGACGCAGCCUUGAUCCAUAGGGAACAGGCAGGUUUUAUGAGACUAACCGAAAGUAGGACAGAGGAUUGGAUGAUACAUCCUCGUACUGCUGCUAUACGAGGGACUUUCCGCAAGGCCUAUGCGGAUAUUGUCCCUGUCCCGGGCGAAGCCCAAAGACCUGUCUCUCUUGGUGGCGACUUCACCUCGCUCUCGCUUGCAUCAUCUCCGGUUUCAGAUUCUGUGUCAAGAGAAUCUUUGAAAAGUACGGGUCUGUUGCGCACAGGAUCUCUGGAUUCGUCCUUCUUCAGGCUGAAGAGGAGUACAACAACACCCCUCUCUGCGCUACCAAUGAUGUUUGAGUUCGUUUCCAGUCAACGAGAAGACAGCAGUCAGAGCAAGAAACUGGCGGAGGAAACCAUGCUCCGGAUGGUGGAUGGAUGCGUUAGAGACAACACCUCUGCGCACGAUCCAGUUGUGGGACAGGACGAGCGACCUAACUGCCGUUCGAGCGCAACAACCUUUGGGCUAUACAGAUCGCCCUCGAGUCCGUCUUUAGCGAUUCCGCUGUCCUUUUCUUCGUUCCAAGGCCUCAUUUCGUCAGCAGUAGCAGGUCUUUCGAGGUCAGCCUCUGUCCCCAGGAAUGUGCACUCACCUUCGUUUUUGCCAACAGCAUAUGUACGGCGAUCAAAGACAACAGGGUAUGAUGGGUAUGCACACGGGUUGUGCGAGGCAUCGUUCUCGCCAGGAUCCAGGCGAAGGGAUACUCCGGUGAUGAUCCCGACGAUUGUGAUACCACAGCCCCCGAUGGACGAACAGGCGGGUCUUUCGGCGACAACGGUUACUUUCUGCCCGAGCUUAGUGUCUUCGUCGUUGACACUGAUGACGAGCCAUGAACAGGAAGCUGCAAUAUUUGGGGAUUGUGGGGACGAGAGCGAUGAAGAGUUUUUGAUGUAUACACUACAUCCAAUCAGAUCGUCUGCGUAUCAACAGCAACAACAGUAUGAGCAGCUUGGCGAGGUGCUGAAGGCCCCCCCACCGACCAUGUCAUUCUACGGGAACCAAGGUAGUGCUCUAGCAAUGUCGGCGAUGGUUGAUACACAGCACGUGCGAGAUAUCGCUGGCAGCAAUGCGUUGUUGAAUCGAUCGACUACGACAAUGUCCACGGAUUCGUUGAUGGGCCCUCUAAGGGGCACGGACUAUAUUGGACAAUUCGAGCGUGAGCGUGCCCAAGCAAGAUAUGACGGUGCUUUUAGGUUUAGGGAAGGUGGAAUGCCGAGUUUAUCGACCGCAUCGUUGGCAAUGGCCGUUUGCCAUGGCACGCCGUCAUCCUCUAUGAGUGCCUUGCAACGCAAGGCUGGCGUUAAAUCCGUGGAUACCCUUGACCGAUGGCGCGGUAGCGGGAACGAAGAAAAGGGCCUGCGGGAGGCUCGCGAACAGCACCAGCUGGAGCCGUGCGGACUAAUGUCAAGGUUGACUUCGAGCAACCUGUUUGGACUUGAGUUCCUGAGACGACACGGUCGACAGUCAUCGAGUCAGUCGGACAUUUCAGAGAAGUUGAUGCAUUUACCGGAGCCAUCGAGGUUUGAGGGAGUGUGCUCGUGUCGAGGGGUGGUGAAUAUCACGAGCAUGCUGCUGAUUAUGUGUGGACUGGUGCUACUGGUGCUCGGAUACCCGAUCGCGACAAGUUUGAAGAAGCAGCGGCUGGCAGAGGAAGAGGCGAAUGGGAUGAGGGCAGAGAUGGGUCAGGUCAAGUUCACGAUGGCGAAUAGUACGCUGAUGAGCGGCGGAGAAGGCGGGAGUGUGGGCGGUGCAAUGACGACAGCGACAGCGUAUGUGGAGGGUGUGUAGGGGAAAGGGAGGGUACGGGAAAAUAAAGUGGUCA